CCAAUCAGGAUGCUCGUUACCUGGUGACUCCAGGAAGUGUUUUGUGGCAGCAGCAGUGUGCUGGCAAGAAAGGAGCCUGUGCACGGAGCGAGUUCCUGCUUCCUCCCGGGCACUGGUUGUGUGCGAGGCUUCAUGUGCUGCCUGUGACCCUACUUUGAAGACAUGAUUGACAUAAAGGCCUGGGCCGAGUACAUAGUGGAAUGGGCUGCCAAAGACCCUUACGGCUUUCUAACGACUGUGAUCCUGGCCCUCACCCCGCUGUUCCUAGCGAGUGCAGUACUCUCCUGGAAACUGGCAAAGAUGAUCGAGGCCAAAGAACGAGAGCAGAAAAAGAAACAGAAACGUCAAGAAAAUAUUGCAAAAGCCAAGAGGACGAAGAAAGACUGAGAUACCUGCAGCAGCCAGCUCAUGGCGUCAGUAACUGUCCAGCCCCCACGGACACUCUUCCUAUUCACCAUGUCCUCCUGGUAGCAGCGUGCUAGUCAGUAGCUCCAUGUUUUCCUGUAAACUAAUGCUUUCACCUGCAUUUUUUAAAACAUGAGACUUACAGCUGCGAGUGUCCUGAAAUGUUAUGUUCAUUCAUGGUUUCCAUAUAUAAAAAGGGACUUUGCUUUUUUUAAAGGUUGGGCAUUUUUGCACACAG